GGAUAUAUCAAAGCGCGAUUGGCAGCAUAUUUUCACGGGCCAUUCAAAGUCCAUAUUUUCUCAGUGAUUUUCUCGCCAGAUGGGAGGCUAGUAGCAUCUCAAACAACGGAAUCGGUCAGGAUAUGGGAUAUAACAACAGGUACUGUUGUGAAAACCAUACUCGAAGCCUGACCGGGAGAUGUAUCGAUGAGCUUUUUCACCUGACAGCAGGCUAUUUGCCUUGGCCCACAAGAAUACACUGAGGGCGUGGGACAUGGCUCUAGAAGCCCCCGAGGAGGCCCAUUUGAGUUGCGUGCAGUCCGUGACAAUCUCACCAGAUGGCACACUUGCAGCGUCUGGAUCAGAAAAUAGCGCAGUAAAAAUGUGGGAUAUUGAAAAGAGAACAGAACUAUGCACAUUCGCUCAUGGCUCUCGCCCUGUCUACAGGGUCGCAUUCUCUCCAAACAGCAGAAUGCUUGGUUCCAUCUCAUUAGAAGGGACCGUCAAAUUGUGGGAUAUCGCCAAGGAAUCCAUCAUCCAUAUGCUUGGAACCCCUCAUUACGAUCGUCAUGUGCGCUUCGAUCCACAAUAUGCCGACUCUCCUUAUUUCCACAUCGCAUUCUCCCCGGACGGCAAAAUGCUUUCCUCGGUCAGUCCUUCCUACGGGCAGUUCAGACGCAGACCGAUCAAACUCUGGGACACGACCCGUGGCGUGCUAUUAUGUGAUCUCCAAGGCCACACCUCUGACAUCGGGCCGUACGGCGAAUCCGACAUCAUCCGCUCGGUGGCAUUAUCCAAUUAUUUGUUGGGAUAAUGUCAUGUCGGGAACGUGUUGGGACCGUGUUGGCUUGGUUUACUAUUUAUCUUACUUGGUCUUGGUUGUUGGGACGGUACUGCGUAGGAAUGCGAUGAGAUGUUGUG